GACGUCAUGGAUGAGCGCCCCGUGAACCUCGACAUCCCUGAGUCGCUCAAGAAGCAGCUGGAGGACGACUGCUUCCUGGUCAACAGGCGCAAGCGGCUGGUGCGCCUGCCGCGCGCACCGUCAGUAGUGGCGAUCCUUGAGUCAUACGUGAAGCACUUCGCGCUGAACGCGGCCUUUGCAGCCCACGAGCGAGCGCGGCCGCCACACCAUGGGGCCGGAACCUCCCUGAAUGUUCCGGCGGUCUCUGCCUUCCGGAACGUGGACCUCUGCAAGGAGAUGGCAGACGGGCUCCGUGUCGCCUUCGACCACGCGCUCCCGCUGCUGCUGCUCUACCCGGCCGAGCAGGCACAGUUCAGGAGGGCCACGUCGGCCCGGCCAGACGUGCCGUCCCCACCCCCACCUCCGCCGCCAGCCCCGCCCACGCUGCCCGAGGCCCCGCCCCCUCCUCUUCCUCCCCCUCCCCCCGGGCCGCCCGAGGCCACGCCCCCCUCCAAGCGCCGUCGGGUGGAGGUGGAGCCACCGGGAGGGGCGGGGCUCCUGGCAUGUGCACUGAGGCGCUCGGCCCGGCACGGAGAGCGUCGGCGGACGGCGAAGCCGCCCCCGGCCCCGCCCAGCAGGUCGUCGUCACCCGUCCUGCUGCCGCCCACCGCACCCGGCCUCGAAGGGCGGCGCACCAACGAGAUCAAUGAGGUCCUCUCCUGGAAGCUGGUCCCCGACCACUACUCGCCGCCCGACCGGCCACCCCCGCCGUCCUCGCUCUACGGCGCCCAGCACCUCCUGCGGCUCUUUGUGAAGCUCCCGGAGCUCCUGGGCCGGAUGUCGUUCCCGGAGAAGAACCUGAAGGCUCUGCAGCGACACCUGGAGCUCUUCCUGAGGUUCCUUGCCGAGUUCCGUGACGACUUCUUCCCUGAGUCGGCCUACGUCGCGGCCGGAGACGCGCACGGCUUCGCCAGGACCGCCCGGGCCACCCCCUGAUGAUGUCAUCCCCGC